GAAUGCGAAAAGCAGACGUCCUAGUCCCACCCAACCCUAUUUGUGCUCCCUGCUAACCUAUUCUGUAACUUUCAGAUUUCUCCAGCCCAUCAAGGAGCCUGACGUUUUUCUCCUCUGCUUCGAGGUCUGACUUCAGAAUGAGGGUCUGGGUCUUUUUCGUCUUGUGCCUGGCUGGCAAAGCACUAGCUGCCCCUCAACAGGAUGCUUUGCCAGAAGAGGAAGAGGUGAUAGAAGAUGUUCCAACAGAGGAGACCGUGGGAGUUAAUCCUGUGCAAGUUGAAGUUGGGGAGUUUGAUGAUGCAAUCAAUGAGGAGGAAGAGGAAGAGCCAUCUGAGAAUCCAUGUCUGAACCAUCAUUGCAAACAUGGCAAAGUUUGUGAAGUAGAUGAAAGCAACACCCCAAUGUGUGUGUGCCAAGACCCAUCUACCUGCCCAGCCACCGUAGGAGAGUUUGAGAAGGUCUGUGGCACAGACAACAAGACCUAUGAAUCUUCUUGCCAUUUCUUUGCAACCAAAUGCACCCUGGAAGGGACAAAAAAAGGCCACAAGCUGCAUCUGGAUUAUAUUGGACCAUGCAAAUACAUCGCUCCCUGCUUGGACAACGAGCUGAGCGAAUUCCCCAUGCGUAUGCGUGACUGGCUCAAGAAUGUUCUGGUCAGUCUCUAUGAGAGAGACGAGAACAACAACUUACUGAAUGAGAAGCAGAAACUGAGGGUGAAGAAGAUCCAUGAGAACGAGAAGCGCUUGGAAGCUGGAGACCACUCUAUGGAACUGCUGGCCCGUGACUUUGAGAAGAACUACAACAUGUACAUUUUCCCUGUACACUGGCAAUUUGGCCAGCUGGAUCAGCACCCCAUUGAUGGGUACCUUUCCCACACCGAGCUCUCUCCCCUUCGUGCCCCAUUGAUCCCCAUGGAACACUGCACCACCCGCUUUUUCGAUGAGUGCGACACUGACAACGAUAAAUACAUUGCCUUAGAAGAAUGGGGCAAUUGCUUUGGAAUCAAGGAACAGGACGUGGAUAAGGACAUGAUCGUCUAAGCAACACCGACGGGCUCUUGUCUGUAGAACUUUUAUUCGUGUCAUAUUUUAUUUUGUAUCUCCUCUUUUCACCCUUUAGUUUGGAAUAUUUGUCUAUCGGGGUUGGGCAGCAAAGGUGCUAACUUAGAAAAUGUUAUUAAUGGUGCUAAAAUGAACAAGUAACAGCAAAAGGAGGAAAAUCACAGCGUUGUCCCCACUAGCUCUGAAAUCCAAUGUCUGGCCAGUUUAAUGCUUAUCUUUUCCUUUCAUAGACUGUCCAACUCCUAGUGCCAUCUUCAUUCUAAAUCAGAGACUCUUCCUUUUUAAUCUGUUGUUGUUAUGUCUUCUGGAAAACAGAGUGUUAAAGCAGGACUUUAACCCCUUUGUCUGCUGGAGGUCCCCUCCAAGUGCUGGACUAGCCCUCUAGCAAUGAAGGGGUUAACCCCCGACUGGAUGCAGCGGGUAGGAGUUUGGAGGGAUUCCCAACAAGGAAGGUGGAGGAGAAGGGCUGUCCAGGGCCAAGGGGGUUCAGCCUGACCAAUAUUAGAAAACAGUUCUGCCACAAUGUCUCUAUAUUUUAUUUAGACAAUUCAGCCCAAGUUCCUCAAAAUGUCUGCGCACCUCUCCACUCAGAGAAUAAACAAUGAAAAA